GUAGGCCAAGUAAGUCCCAAACGGAGGGCUGAAGUAGACCUUUACCCUCCGAAUGGCACAUAACAUACGUGAGCUCACCUCUGAUCCCGACAAAGUUUGUAGAUUCAUCCAUUUUUGUACUUAUAAUGUCUUCUCUCAAAGUCCCUUUUUAUUUUCUGUUAUUUCUUAUAGUACAUCAUGUCCACGGAAGGUUACAUUUUAUAAGAAAUAAAACCGAAACCCACCGUUUGAAUUUUUUCUUUCAAAUUGGCAUGCGUGUGUUGAGAGACACGCUCAGCCAGUAUGGUACUUGUACUUUAUUUUUCUUACAACAAGAUGCCCACUUUGGGGCGAAGUCAAGUCCCCUUUUAACUCUUUAAGGAUGUGGCAGACAUGUCUGAUGAGCAGAAGAUCAAAUGCAAUAUAUGACACGACACAUUAUUUAACUAUCAUUCAAAACUCGGAAAUGUUACCUUGCAUAUUUCACCGUAUGCGUGUUGUUGCAUAUAUGUUUCAGACAAAGAAAACAGUUGAAAUAUCUGAUUGGAAAACGAAUAUACACUUUAAAAAAAAAAAGCCACAAAGCAGUGCAUCUUUAAACGUUGUCGAAUAACAAGAGCACAGGUCCUUAAUGAGUUAAAAUUUGGACCCACCUUACCUUGUGUUAUCUGAUGAAAUUGCGGUGACUGGCAACAUAAGGAUUUGUCGAGUUUUGAAGAGAGCUGGACCCCGAAAAACGUACAAGUAUGAGCAUUAAAAAUAGAGCUCUUAUCAACAUAGAUGUAUUUGCCACUAUCCAUACACAAACACUGCUAUUUCGGUCUUUUAAGGACGGUCAAGGUAGCUCAGUACGUGGUCUAUAUAAAUAACGCGAGUAAAGAGUAGCAUAGUUCAAAAAGAGGGUUAGUCUUGUCGAGACAUGUCGUCUCUCGCACGUUUCACUUUCUCUCUUAGUCUCGCUGUUGCUCUAUCCUUCACAUUCUCUGCAGAAAGAGCUAUAGACGGAUGCCAAAGAGCCAUCUCCGAUAUCUCAUGUGACGUGUCUUACCCCUACCGCCAGGCAGACGGGAGCUGCAACAACAUUAAGCAGCCCACAAGGGGCCGCACCAACUCCCCUUUCCGUCGUCUCCUCUCUCCAGUGUACGACCAGAACGAUGGGAAUACACCACGCCUGGUCUCCGUUGCUCCUGGCAACCCACCUUUACCCAGCCCGCGGACAGUGAGUACGAACGUGCACCCUCCAGGCAAUGCUCUGUCCGACGAUGCCACAGUCAUGCUGAUGCAGUGGGGUCAGUUCCUUGACCAUGACAUCACACAUACCCCCCAAACAUCCAGUCCCAACAAACUGUGCUGUAGCGGGCUGACCAAUGGCUCAGAUUUUCACCCUGAUGUGAGAUCAGGCGGUCCAUGUCACCCAAUCAUGGCCCCAGAGGACGACCCAUACUUCAAUACGCAAAACACUCGAUGUAUCUCCUUUACAAGAUCUGAAGGCGUCUUGGACGACAUGUCGAUCAGACAGCAGUACAGCGAUAUCACCCCAUUCUUAGAUGGCUCACAAAUCUACGGCAGUAGUGAGACCCACGCAAGAUCGCUACGUUCCUUUGAAAAUGGAAAGCUGAGGGCAAAAAUAAUUAACGGAGAAGAAUUCCUGCCUAAAUGGGAGGACGACAGCCAGUGUUUCAAGUUAGAGCCAGGGGAUUACUGCUUUUUAGCAGGAGAUGUUCGAGUUAAUGUAUACCCAGGGUUGAAUGCGUUGCAUACUGUGUUCUUACGCUAUCACAACUUGCUGUGCGAACGUCUGAAGGCCGCUCACGAAGACUGGACUGACGAGAAAUUAUACCAGCAAGCCCGCAGAAUUGUGGGGGCGAUUCUCCAAAAAGUUUCGUAUUCUGAUUACCUAAAGACUCUACUGGGAGAAACUGUAGCUAAAAUAUACGAUCUUCUCCCGGGUGAUGGGGAUUAUGCGUACAACGAUAUUGUUGACCCAACUUUGUCCAAUGCAUUUUCUACAGCUGCGUACCGAUUUGGGCACUCGUCCAUCCCCGAUGACCUACAGAUCGGCAACGAGACGGUGCCUACUGGCAAGCUGUAUCUGCGACCUAAGUUUGUUCUGAACGGUCUGGACGAUGUCAUCAAAGCACUCUCAGAAGGGAAGCAGCAACGGGUGGACAGAACAUACUCGAGGGGCGUCACCGAUCAACUAUUCGAGCCUCCAAAAAGACCCGGAAAAGGUUUCGACUUGGUGGCCCUCAACAUUCAGAGAGGACGAGACCACGGCCUGCCGCCCUACAACGCCUUCAGAAGGUUCUGCGGACUGCCUGCAUACGCCCGCUUCUCCGACCUUCAGAGUGGACAGAGCGAAUUCUCGAAGGUCUACGCGUCCCCUGACGACAUAGAUUUAUACAGUGGAGGUCUCAGCGAGAAACCCGUCCAAGGAGGGAGGAUAGGGGAAGUCUUCACCUGCAUUUUGGCCCUGCAAUUCCGGGAUUUGAAGUUCGGAGACAGGUUUUGGUAUGAGAACCAGGCAGACCCGACAACGGCGUUCACGCCGGCCCAGAUUGCUCAGGUUAACUCUUUCUCCCUGGCCAAGGUGAUCUGUGAUGUCACAGGUAUCAGCAGAAUUCAGCCAAACCUCUUCCUGACACCCGUGGGCAGCAACACUCGUAUGAGGUGUAGCGGCUAUAGGGAUUUAAAUAUUGAGCAGGACUGGUAGGGCUGCCUCUGUUCUUUAGACACGGUGUGCAUGCAAUAAUUUUGUCCGAGGUCAAACGCAUUUAACCUUCUGUAACUUCAUUGAACACCAUUAUUUCAAAAUGUGCUUUCCUAUCAAGGUUUCUAUAUUGAAUGAGAUAGCAAACUGCUGUAGGCUCCUACAUACAACAUUGAAUUGACAGCAAUCCUCUUUAUGCGCUCUGAAAUUUGACAAAAUAUCAUGGGCUCUUAAAGUUGUAAGAACAAAUAUUAAAAAUGUACAUAUUGGACCAGUGAGACAAAAUACAAGGAGUAAAAAUUAUAUGAACAAAGAAAAUGGACCAAUA